AUAAAGGGUGUUCAAUUGAAAGAAAGAAAAAGAAACAAAAAGUUGCUACGAAUGUUAGUUUUGAGAGGGCUUUAUAAAGAGAGUGAUGUGAAAUGCAAGAGUGAGCUUCGCGUUAAUAGAAGAACUUUCAAUAUUAUUUGUGAGAUGCUUAGAGACAUUGGGGGUUUGAGUGGAACAAAAAAUAUGUCACUUCAAGAGAUCGUAGCCAUGUUUUUAUACACGUUGGCUCACCAUAAGAAGAAUAGGUCUAUUGGACAAUAUUUCUUUAGAAGUGGAGAAACCGUGAGCCGACAAUUUUACCUUUGUCUAAGGGCUCUUCUCAAAUUACAUGAAGUAUUACUUUACAAUCCCACACCAAUAUUGGAUGAUUGUGAAGAUGAAAGGUGGAAAUUUUUCAAGAAUUGUUUAGGGCCAUUAGAUGGGACUUACAUUAAUGUAAAUGUGCCUUCACAAGAACGACCAAAGUAUAGAACAAGAAAAGGAACAAUUGCUAUGAAUGUAUUGGGUGUUUGUGCACCCAAUUUGCAAUUUAUUUAUGUUCUUCCUGGUUGGGAAGGUUCGGCCCAUGAUAUGCGUGUACUUCGCAAUGCUCUCUCUAGACCAAACGGUUUUAGGGUAACUCGAGGUAAGUGAAGCUCAUUCUUUUGUGAAUGUAUAAGUUUUGUUAGUUUUGGUAGGUAGUAAUCCUUUCCUUUAAUAACUUUGAAGGUAAUUAUUAUUUGGUUGAUGCGGGAUAUACAAAUUGUGAGGGUUUUCUUGCUCCAUAUAGAGGUCAAAGAUACCAUUUAAAAGAAUGGACGGAACGACAACCCGAAAAAGCCGAGGAGUUCUAUA